AUGCGCUUAUACCUCAGCGUAACAGUAACAUGUCGCUACAACGCACCCACGUCUGGUCAGGGCAUCGACGAGGCGCUGCUAUAUCCCGCCCUGGCAAGAGUCGUUUCUGCACAGCCCAUGCUCAGGGUUGGCAUCCUCGGGGAAGAUACCAGCAAGGCGGCCUUUUGCCACAUCAAAUCCGUUAACCUGGCCAACCACGUCUCUUUCAAGACCUUGGAUGCCUGCGGGACGGUAGACCAGUACAACGACCAUAUUGCGGCCCAGCAAGGCUGGCACCACAGCCAGACCUGGUUGAACAUCCAAGACGUUCCCCCAUGGCGAAUAGCCGUCGUCAAACCAAGCCCAGCCGCCGCAGGGGAACUAUCCGGCGUCCAAGAUAUCAUCUUCUCCUUCCACCACGCCCUGCUAGAUGGCAACAGCGGAAAGCUUUUUCACGAGAACCUCCUCAGGGAGCUCAACCACCAACUCGGACAAGAGGCAGCAAACUCCACCACGACGUCUUCACUCCGGUUCCCCGAUGCCCCCCAACUCCCGGAAGCCCAAGACCAAAUCAUCGCCUUCCAAAACUCACCCCUGUACCUCGUCAAAACCCUCUGGGACGAGCUCGGCCCCUCCGUACUCCGCGCCAAAAAACACGUCCCCUGGCACAGCAAACCCAGCGGCUUCUCCAUCCCCUACGUCACCCUCACCAAGGCCGUCGACUUCCAGGGUCCCGUCGUCGCAAAGCUCCUCGCGGUGUGCAGGCAACACGGCACCACCAUCACGGGCCUCUUCCACGCCCUCGCAGCAGCCUCCUUUGCCUCGCGCCUCCCCGCAAGCGAAGCGCCCUUCUUUGCGGCCACCACUCCCAUCAGUCUGCGGCCGUUCUUGGGACCAGCCGCCAACCCAGAGUUCAAACAGUCACUCCGCGUCCUGGUCUCCUCACACGAGCACGAAUUCCCCGCCCCUCUCGUCGCCCACCUGCGCGGCUCCAAAGACACCGACCAAAGUAUCUGGGAAAUCGCGCAGCGGGUCAAGAACGAACUCAAUAGAAAGGUGGCCAGCAUGCCCAGAGACGACAUCAACGGCCUGAUGAAGUACAACUCUGACUGGAUCGGCUUCUUCAAGAAGAAGGACGGCCAGCCGCGCCCCGACUCCUGGGAGGUCAGCAACAUUGGCGUCUUUAAGAAUGCCUCCGAGGAGACCGGGUUCGCAGUGUCGAGGGUGUACUUUACCAACGGGGCCAUGGUGACGGGCUCGCCCGUGGCGCUGGGACUGGGCAGCGUGGCCGGGGGCUUGUUGAGCGUCGGCAUCUCGUGGCAGGAGAGCGUGGUUGGUCAGGAGUUUGUGGAUGGGUUGGCGGGUGAUUUGACAGAGUUUGUGACGAGGUUUGAUGAGACGGGCAAGUUUGGGCCCCAACAUUAG